AUGUCCUUGUUUUCAAGUCCUAGUACAUCCUCAACAGAGGGAACGGUAUUGGAUUCUCCCCACAAUAAUGCACAUGCUACCAGUAGCAACCCCCAAAGAGCGCCAUUCAAGUUCGGAUCGCCAAGCGGCUCUUCCCAGAGUUUCCCAAUCCGAGUGGCACCUGGGCAGGCGAGUGAGACUACCAGACUUUCAACGGAUGGUCCUCUGCCUACAGAGUUCAAGUUCAGCUUUAAACUCCAUGGCCCCUCUCAGGACAUUCCGCAUCAUCCAAAGGCUGCAGUUGACCCCCAGCAACCUCCUCCGGACCCUUCUGAAGAGAAGCCUCCCCUGGAUACUGCAUCGCAAGCUUCCGAUGACUGUCCAACGAGCGAAUCAUCGACUUCCGAUUCAGAGGGAGAAGAUAAUCCCUCCACUAGUCCUCGAGAUGAGCUGCCCGAAGCUCCAGUGUACAAUCCGCGCCUACGACAUAACCUGGAAAUUAUGAAAUGCCAUCUGCUGGACAUGGCGAAUACUCUCCGAUCGUCUGAUUUGGCGAGUGAUGCGUCGACAAAUUUGCAUAUGCUAGAGCGUGAAGCCCGUAAAUUGAGCGAGUUCCGUGCCCCAGAAACUUGGAACGUAGGAUUCAUAGGAGACUCGGGUGUUGGCAAAAGCUCAGUGAUCAACUCGCUUCUCGAUCAGCCUAUGCUUGCCCGCUCCAGCCGGGACGGAGCCGCAUGCACAUGCGUCGUAACGGAGUUCCGCAACAUCGAUGCGGACCACCCCCAUCCCUUUACCAUCGAAGCCGACUUUAUGAACGAGGCCGAAGUCAAAGAGCUUUCGGACGAGCUAGUCAGGAGUUUCCGGAUGUUUUAUUGUGCCUCCCUCUUCCGGGAAGUGACAUCGACGGCUGAACAAGAGAAACUUCGGGAGACGGCCGGCCGGGCUUGGGAGACUCUCAACUCUCUGUUCGGGAGGUACGAUAAGUUAGACCAUGAAUUUUUGUCGGAUGAGACGGAAGGCGCCGAUGUAGUCAUUCAGUCGACACUAGCGCAAUGGGCUCGCGACGAAAUGUCUCGUCGACCGGGCGGUCUUAACUCCCUUCAAUAUUCCGUGGUUACAGGAGACCUAGAAGCCUGCAAAAGCCAGCUGGACAAGCUCACUUCGAACGAGUCAAGUGACGAACAUCCUGUUCUUUGGCCCUUCAUCAAGGUCAUCAGAGUUUACCUUGAUUCGGCCAUCCUGGGGAUGGGUUUGGUGAUUGCUGAUCUGCCAGGGUUUCGAGACUUGAACUACGCGCGAGUCCGAAGCACAGAGAGAUACCUUCUGCACAAUUGCGAUGAGGUGUUUAUUGUGGUCGGAAUUAGCAGAUGCACUACAGACACAUCCGUUCAAGAUAUCAGAACCAGGUGCCGCGGAAAGACCCAGAGGAUUGUCUGUACAAGAUCUGAAGAUUUUGAUCCAGAAGAAUCGGCUCGUGGUUCUAGCAAUUUUCGCAAAAGCAUCGCUCAAAUCAACAAAGAUAUCAAUAAGUUGUCAAAAAGUUGCUCUAGAAGGGCCUCGGACUUCCGAAAAGCAAAGUCGGGAAAGGAAGGCUUUGCGGUAGAGCUUGCAGAGAUCGGUGCGCAACUGAGCAAACUCAAACUCACGAGAACCGAAAUGCUAGUAAAUGAGCGAAACAACAGAAUAGGCGCCGAACUUUCUGCAAAGCAUGAUGGCACCACGGUGUUUUUGGUCAGCAAUACCCUCUAUUCCGACCAUAGGGAUGAACAAGAUGAUGAAUCGGAGGCGUAUGUUCGUCUCAGUGCCAUCAAAGAUUUACGCAAGCACUGUCAACUCGUGCCUGCUGAAGCGCAAAUGCAAGCAACAGCCGCAUAUUUGGAACAUCAAGUCCCGGCUCUCAUCGGUUCCCUUCGUCAAUGGAUUCUUUCCGGACGCGACUCUGUAGAUACUGAGAAAGCCAAGAAUCUUCGCGUGCUUUUGGAAGGAAUGGAAAGAAUAGUUCGUCGGGAUCUCAUAUCUCCUGGCGCAUUUGUUUUUCGUCUAAAAAGCAAUCUGUGGGAUAUGUUCGAUGACCAAAUCUUGCAAACUAUCCGCAGGUCCAAGAGGGAAUGGACAAGCUCUUGCAUCAACAUCAGCCAGGAGUGGGCCACUUGGAACCAUGCGUCCUAUGCAGCAUUCUGUCGCAAAAAUGGCACUCAUGAGACAAAAAAUGUUAAAUACCGCUGCUGGAAUGAUGAAUUGAUAGAGAUUCCCCGGGAGGUGUUGAGUCAACGAUGGGCAUCGGUGACGAACUACCUCGAUUCUCAGAUGGGCGCGAUCAAAAUGACGUUUUCCGAGCUAUUCGAACAAUGGAUAAACAAACUUCAAGAGCGGCAAAACGAUGCACCUCAUGCCCUCGACAACCUAAUCACGAGUUUGGAUGCCAGAAAGCAAUGGCUGGUUCGUGAACUUCGGAAUGGCAUCGAAAAUAUUCUGCAACACAUUGAGACUAUCAUGAGGGAUAUGCUUUACGGUCAUGACAGUUCUUUCAUCGGGGAGCUUAUGCGCCCUGCUUAUAAUAAAUGUAGCUGUGAAUCGGGGACUGGACGCCACGCCAGACAAAAAGCAAUCAUGGCAAAUCACCUUCAGCACUCAGGCUUAUUCUCGAACUAUCAGGACCUUACUUGGUCAUCCUACGAGAGAAUAGAGGAACAAUUUGAAGUUCUAGAGGAUAAGGUUGUUGAGCAAAUGGAGUGCAUCAUCAGAGAUCUCCAUGCUGUAGUUGUGCCAGAAGGCAAGGUAUCAGAAGCAGCAAGGGCACCAAUGAUUGCGGAGGAGCUUAGCCUGGGCCUUGAGCUCACACAGCGAAGUUUGCAGGCCUCUCUAUCCUUUUUGCGGGAUCUAAAGUCUUAG